AUGUUCUUAAGAUGCCAAACCCUGGUCCUCCAGUACGCCCAACCCUGGUCCUCCAGUACGCCCAACCCUGGUCCUCCAGAUAUCCAACCCUGGUCUCCAUACGUCCAACCCUGGUCCUCCAGACGCCCAACCCUGGUCCUCCAGAUGCCAAACCCUGGUCCUCCAGUACGCCCAACCCUGGUCCUCCAGUACGCCCAACCCUCGUCCUCCAGACGUCAAACCCUGGUCCUCCAGUACGCCCAACCCUGGUCCUCCAGUACACCCAACCCUGGUCCUCCAGACGCCAAAUCCUGGUCCUCCAGUACGCCCAACCCUCGUCCUCCAGACGUCAAACCCUGGUCCUCCAGUACGCCCAACCCUGGUCCUCCAGUACGCCCAACCCUGGUCCUCCAACGCCAAACCCUGGUCCUCCAGUACGCCCAACCCUGGUCCUCCAGUACGCCCAACCCUCGUCCUCCAGUACGACCAACCCUGGUCCUCCAGUACGCCCAACCCUCGUCCUCCAGUACGCCCAACCCUGGUCCUCCAGACGCCAAACCCUGGUCCUCCAGUACGCCCAACCCUGGUCCUCCAGUACGCCCAACCCUCGUCCUCCAGACGUCAAACCCUGGUCCUCCAGUACGCCCAACCCUGGUCCUCCAGUACGCCCAACCCUGGUCCUCCAGUACACCCAACCCUGGUCCUCCAGACGCCAAACCCUGGUCCUCCAGUACGCCCAACCCUGGUCCUCCAGUACGCCCAACCCUCGUCCUCCAGUACGCCCAACCCUGGUCCUCCAGCUUCAAACCCACACUGUUGGAGGAACGCUAA